GAGAGAGCGAGCGGUCUUAGUUUGAACAAAAUGGCUGCAAGAACGCUGUCAACGAGAGCUCACUGAACGCAUUAUGACUGUCCACUCCUACAUUUGGAUUUUUCGCGAAUGUAUUUUCUUGGAUUCGUUUUUCAAUUUGCAUUCGUAGUAGCAAGGUCGUCGGUCAGAUGUUGUUGCUAACCUGCUAGCUCCUCAGCUAGCGGCCUAAACACAACUUAUUUCAUUUUGCACUUUAACCCAAGUUGGAUAGCUAGCUAGCAAUUUUCGUCGACAAUUUACUGAAAUCUGCCUGUUUUCUUUAAUUUGCAAAUGACUCCUUACAACAGUCGAUGACUAAUGCCAACUAGCUAACAUUAACUCCGCUACUUUUUGAGUCGAAUUGUUUCUGUUGCUUUUUCGUUUAGCUGCUUUUUUCGAUCUUUUUUUUCUAUAACGUGAUACUUUUGACGUUUAGCAUUGUUUUGUGUUGCGAAAAUUGUCCUUUUAGUGCAUCGUUGCGCUAAAAUGCAAAGUUCUUGCUGUGUGUUUGUCAAGUAUCGAUCUCGGUAUUUUUUUGUUAUGAAGCUGCUCUAACUGUUAUCCAGUCAGUCAGUAAGCCCCAUGCAGCAGGAGAGCUGACGGUGGCUAAUGCUAGCUAGCUGGAGAACUGCGAAGACUGAAUUCCUGAUUUGUCAUUUACGGGUAUUUUUUUUUUUCGGGAAAGGCACAGCAGAAUGCUUUUCUGCAUCAUCUUCUGCCAUGCACCGACUUUGUAUUGAAAGCUGCCAAAGCUCAACGUGUGAUUACGCAAGCUGAGAGACGCUAACAACACGAGAGAGAACCAUUUGAUGGAAGAAAAUAAAAAGCAAGAAAAGACCAAGAAGGAAGCUGCUCAGAAACAGGCUGCUGACCUGAAAACCAAAGAGCCAGCUAAGCCCAGCCCCGGUCCCCUCCACCACCCCACCACCUGUGUGACCCUGCCCCAGGCCUCACACCCCCCCUCCUCAUCCUCUUCAGUCAGAACCAAUGGGAAGCGUGCCCACCCUACCACCCAGCAAACACCACAGCAGCAGACCCCACCUCAGCCUCCGUUGUCGUCCUCAGGCCCCCGCUACCCGCCCCGUGAGGUUCCCCCGCGUUUCCGCCAGCAGGAGCACAAGCAGCUACUGAAGAGGGGCCAGCCACUGCCCGCCGGAGCCCUGAUUAGCCUCACCGUGACCCCUGCCGCCGACCCGCUCACCCCCAGUGCCCCUGCUUCUUCUUCCUCCGCAGGCAAGCGCCACACAGACCUGCCCUUUCAGAGUGGUCCUGGUGCCCAGUAUGAGAAUCCCCACUGGGGAGCCUUACCACCAGCCACUGACAGCAGCAGCAGCACCACCAGUAGUAGCUGGGAUCAAGUGAUCAUCGACGGGAGCGACACCGAGGCCUGGCCCUCCAUCAGUCGCAGCAGCGACAGCCGACCAGCGAAUCCUUCAGAAUGUGCCACAGCUGCUGACUGUACGAACCCAGAGACCAGCAGCAACAUGAGCAUAGCCGCGGGGGCUACUAGCCAGCAGGCCCACUACCCCUCUCUCAAAGCUAACGUCACCAACAUGAUGCAGCCUGGCGGUGGCCAGGGAGUUGGAGCCAUCGGCAGCAGGGGCUGGGGCACCGGAUCAGGCCCCAUCACCAUGGGCCCCACUGAGGGAGCAAAACCCGAUGGUCUAGGACCCAACAUGGGUCGGGGUGGAGGAGCAUCCGGCUGGAACUCCCAGCCCAGUUUUAGCCUGAACCUGAACCCCAACGCCAACCCCUCGGCCUGGCCCGUGCUGGGGCAAGAGGGGGCUGGAGGUGGCCCCAACCCCGCCUCACUACCUCCCAACGGCAGCCUGGGCAACGGUAGCCUGGUAGGGGACGAGAACAGCAGCAGCACCUGGGGAGGCAUGAUGAGCCCUGACGCCCCGUCCUCCAAUAAGAAUGUAUCUUUCAGCAGCAUGGAACAUCCCAACCUUAACACUGACGGACAAAACAGCCACCACACUAAGCAGCCACUCAGCCCCAUCCAUGGCCUGCCCGGCUGGGGAGGCCAGUCUCCUACAGAGUCCUCCCAGCUCAACGGAGACGCAAGGAGCUCCGUCUGGGGCAACGGAGACACCAAGACUUCCGCUGACUCCAAAAACUCAGGCUGGGACUCGGCACCCUCUGGAGGCAUGUCCGGCUGGGGCCACUCUGGCAGCGGAGGCGGCGGGAGUGGCGGUGGAGAAGGAGGCUGGGGGAAGCCCUCCAGCGAUGGAGGCGAGGCCAAAGGAGGCUGGGAUUCCUCAGAUGGCCCGGCCCAGGACCAGCAGGUAAGCUCCUGGGGCCAGCCAACCCCGGCCCCGACUAGUGAGGGUAGCGGAAGCGGCGGCAGCGAGGGGCGCUCCCACCGCAGGGACAGGACCGGCAGCGAGGACGGAGGCCCCCCUCCCCUGCCUCGGCAGGACCUGGACCCCCGGGUGCUCUGCAACACAGGCUGGGGCCAGACACCCGUCCGCCAGCACACCUCCUGGGAGAUGGAGGAGCAGCGUGCCGCCAACGAGAGGAAGACCAGCGAGAUGAGGGGUGGUGCUGGAGGGGACACUUGGAAGGGCUCCAGCAGCCCCUCUUCAGGAUCCCCACCUGACCCCCGGAACGGGGGAGCCAACCCCAACCUGGGACCAUCUCAGAGGCCAGGCUCAGGGGGUUCCGGAGGUAAGAGCGAGGGCCCCUCAGGCUGGGGAGGCCCUCCACCCUCAGGCUGGGGGGAGCAGCCUGUCAACAAGGCCCCCAACGGUUCCGUCAGUGGUUGGGGGGAGCCCAUGGCCCAAGGCCACAACACCACAAACAAUGGCCCCAAGAGUGGAGUUCAAUCCUGGGGCGUCCCUGAGGGGAAGUCCUCCCCUACCUGGGACGAAGGGCCAACCAAGACCCAGCAGAACCAGUCCCAGAGCUGGGGAGAGGGUCCCAAGUCCUCCCACGGCUGGGGCUCUGGCCACGGAAGUGGCAGCCGUGGCUCCAAUGGCUCCAACGGCUCCAAUGGAGGAGAGUGGAGAGAACCGGCCGAGGUGAAGAAGAAUGGAUCCUCCAGCCACAUGUGGGAAGGAGAAGGAGGAAAUGGACGAGGAGGAGGGUGGAAGGACAGCCCCAGAGGAGGUGGAGGAGGAAAUGGGGGCGGCUGGGCGUCGAAGCCUGCCCCUGCUGUUGGAGGUGGUGGUUGGGUGGAGACCCAGCAUCCCAACGGCCCAGCACCAGGAUGGGGCUCCAAGCCCCAGGAAAGCCCCAACGGCCCGGCACCAGGAUGGGGCUCCAAGCCCCAGGAAAGCCCCAACGGCCCGGCACCAGGAUGGGGCUCCAAGCCCCAGGAAAGCCCCAAUGGCCCGGCACCAGGAUGGGGCUCCAAGCCCCAGGAAAGCCCCAACGGCCCGGCACCAGGAUGGGGCUCCAAGCCCCAGGAAAGCUCCAACGGCCCGGCACCAGGAUGGGGCUCCAAGCCCCAGGAAAGCCCCAACGGCCCGGCACCAGGAUGGGGCUCCAAGCCCCAGGAAAGCCCCAACGGCCCGGCACCAGGAUGGGGCGCCAAGCCCCAGGAAAGCCCCAACGGCCCAGCACCAGGAUGGGGCGCCAAGCCCCAGGAAAACCCCAACGGAAAUAGUGGAGGUGUUGGAACAGGAGGAGGCAGCAUGGGGUCCUGGGGCGGCCCUGCAUCUGUAAGGCAGAGUUCCAACCCCGGCUGGGGCCCGGGGAGCUCCGGAGCCAAACCCGACCCAGCGAUGGAGCCCACCGGCUGGGAGGAACCCUCUCCUCCCUCCAUCCGCCGCAAGAUGGAGAUCGAUGACGGCACGUCCACAUGGGGAGACCCCAGCGCCUACAACAAGACCGUGAAUAUGUGGGACCGCAACAACCCCACUGGAGGUAACGGUAACCAAGGCAACACCCCCACCCAGCCGCCGACCAUUAAGAACAACGGAAACAUGGCCGUCAACAGCCACAACCACUCCUCCGUCCCCCCUAGCAACAACAAUCACCACCACAUGAACCACCACCACCCGCACCACGGACAGCCCCCGCCACACAGCCAGCACCACGGCAACAACAAUGGAUCCCCCAACACCGCCGCCCCGCACCAGGGCAGUGGACCCCAGGGCAGACCACCUAUGGCCAACCCAGGCUGGGGGGAGCUGCCCAGUGUCCAGCAGCCCAAGCCAGAAAUGGCAUGGGGGGAACCCGCUGGCCCCUCUCCUGCAGUGGACAACGGCACCUCUGCCUGGGGCAAACCCCCCGGUGUUCCUGGAGGCUGGGGCGAUGGGGGGCAUGAGCCCAAUGGACCCUACAGGAGGGGCAACAACGGACCCUCUGGACCUGCACCCUGCAAGCCAGCCCCCAAAUCUAUGCAAGAUGGCUGGGGAGGCGGGAGGGAGGAGGAGAUGGGCAUGUCUUCUGGCCAAUGGGAUGCUGAUGCCGGAGACAUGUGGAACAGCCCCGCCUCCCAGGAGAGCAGCACCUCCUGUAACUCGUGGGGCCAGCCGCCCAAGAAGGGCCCGCCCAAGGGCAAGAUGGGCAACCAGCCAGACGAAGCCUGGAUCAUGAACCGUCUCAUCAAGCAGCUCACGGACAUGGGCUUCCCGAGGGAUCCUGCCGAGGAGGCUCUGAAGAGCAACGACAUGAACCUGGACCAGGCCAUGAGCGCUUUGUUGGAGAAGAAGACUGAACUGGACAAGCGAGGCAUGGGCAUGUCUGACUACAACAACGGGAUGAACAAGCCGUUGGGUUGCCGUCCCCAGGCCCUCUCCAAAGACCCCUCCUCGGACCGCAGCCCAUUCCUAGACAAGGACGGUGGUCUGUCAGACGACGUCCCCUCCUCACCGUUUCUGCCUUCUCCCGUUAGCCUGAAGCUCCCCCUGAUUAACAACCUUCAGCCUGGGCUGGCCCUGGGCUCCCCGGGGCUCAACAUGCAGAACUUGAACAACAGACAGAUGCAGAUUGGAAUGUUGGGCAGUAGUGGAGCAGCACUAUCCCGGGCCAUGCAGCAGCCGCCUCCUCAGCCGUCAGUGCCGCCUCUCGGCUCCUCCCAGCCUAAUCUACGCGCUCAAGUGCCUCAGUUUCUCACCCCUCAGGUUCAAGCACAGCUCUUGCAGUUUGCCGCAAAAAACAUUGGUCUGAACCCUGCACUUUUAACCUCACCAAUAAACCCUCAACAAAUGACCCUGUUGUACCAACUUCAGCAACUGCAAAUGGCGUACCAGCGUUUACAAAUCCAGCAGCAGAUGAUGCAAGCUCAGCGCAACGUCUCGGGCCCCAUCAGACAACAAGAGCAGCAAGUUGCACGUACAAUCAAUAACAUGCAGCAGCAGAUCCAACAGCACCAGCGUCAGCUGUACCAGGCCCUGCUAAUGAAGCAGCAGCCCCCCGGCUCUCACUCCGGCCUGCACCCCGGCCAAGGCAAAUCAGCCCUGGACUCGUUCCCAGGCCACCCCCAGGCACCGGGCCUCUCCGACCUGCACACCAAAGAGCCGCAGUCUUCUCCCAACUCCUACAGCCCCUACCCCCUCUCUGGACUCAAUCCAAACAUGAAUGUAAACUGCAUGGAGGUGGGGGGCCUGUCCAUGAAGGAGCCUCCCCAGCCCCAGUCCCGUCUGUCCCAGUGGACCCACUCCAACUCCAUGGACAGCCUCUCUGGAAACUCCUCCCACAUGGAGCCCAACCUCAAUAAGCACGGUGCCAUAUCUGCUGCUUCUAACCUGGGCCCCCCCGCGGAAAGCCCCCACAUGGAUGACUCCUACAGCCCAUACAGUAUGAUGGGUGGGUCUGAGUCUCCCACCUCCCCCCCGGUUCCCCCUGACAGCUGGGGCCAGGGACCAGGAAAGAGCCCCAAGGAUCAGAUCACCAAUGGAACGAAUAUCAACUGGCCCCCAGAGUUCUGUCCAGGCGUGCCCUGGAAGGGCCUGCAGAACAUUGACCCUGAGAACGACCCCAACAUGACCCCAGGAAGCGUUCCCAGCGGCCCCACCAUCAACACCAACAUCCAGGACGUCAACCGCUACCUGCUCCGGGACCGCAGCGGAGGCUCCUCCCCUCCUUCACCGCCUCAGAACGGUGCUCUGCCCCCCUCCACGGACUGGCCAGUCAGUGGCUGCUACACUAGCUCUUUCAGUCUGUCCUCCCCGGAUGAGGAGAGUGCAGGUAAGCUAUCUGACAUGAAGUCCACCUGGUCCCCGGGGCCCAUCUCCCACCCCUCCCAGGCCUCUCUAUCCCACGAGCUGUGGAAGGUCCCCCAGGGGCCCCGUAACAACACAGCCCCUUCAAGGCCACCUCCCGGCCUCACCAACCCAGCCAAGCCCUCAUCCACCUGGGGGGGAAACUCCCUGGGCCUGGCCCAAGGCUGGAGCAGCUCGUACACCUCAGAGGGCACCACCUGGAGCACAGACAGCUCCAACAGGACCAGUAGCUGGCUGGUACUGAGGAACCUCACCCCCCAGAUAGACGGCUCCACCCUGCGGACGCUGUGCAUGCAGCACGGCCCCCUCAUCACAUUCCACCUCUUCCUGACCCAGGGAAACGCUGUGGUGCGAUACAGCUCCAAGGAGGAGGCUGCCAAGGCCCAGAAGUCCCUGCACAUGUGUGUGCUGGGGAACACCACCAUCCUGGCAGAGUUUGCUGGGGAGGAGGAGGUGAACCGCUACUUUGCACAAGGCCAGCAGCAGCUCCCGCCCACCACCAGCUGGCAGCCCAACCCAGGCACCAAUCAGACGCGCAUGGGAGGAGGCGGGGGUUCGCAGCAGCACGCUAUUGGCCAUCACUGGAGCAGCGGCGGUGGAGGCCUGGGGGGAGGAGCCAAGACGGGCGGAGGCGGAGACCUCCUGUGGGGUGUGCCCCAGUACUCCAGCCUGUGGGGGCCCCCUAGUAGCGAUGACAGUCGCGGCGUCAUCGGGAGCCCCAACCCCAUUAACACGCUGUUGCCAGGCGACCUGCUGAGUGGAGAGUCCAUGUAGGACAACACACUAACAAACCAACCAUGAGGAUGGAUGUUUCAAUGCUGGAACAGACAGUGGAAAAAUAAUAAUAAAUACAGACGUACACAAAAAAAAUGACAAUGAACAGGAGUAAAACCAAGCAAAUCAUGUGGCGAUAAUCAGUAUCAACGGAACUGUGAAUCGUGUACCGGAAGGCUGGGGGCGACGACACAAGACUGCUGACCCCUUACACCCUUCGGUUUUUACGUUUUCUUCUUUUUAGUUGUCUUUUUAAAAGGGGAUUUUGUUUUUAGUAUUUGAUAAAUUGUUGUAGGCAAACAAAAAUGAAAUGUCAAAGACUCAAUGAAGAGAGAACCGUUAAGUGUUUUUAAGUUCCAUGAAUAUCGCACAUUCUGUGUGAAGUGUUUUUAAGGAGAAGCAAUCGAAAAAGCUGCCAUUUUGAAUCUUUCCUUUACCCACGAAACUCCAAAUUGAUUUUUUUUAAAUACCAUUCCCAGCAUGCCCGUGGCCAAUGACGUGGUUCAAAGACCUUUUACUUAUGUUAUUUUUUUGUUUCCAAGCACUAAUAUUCGCCUUAAGUGCUCUACUGCGGCCCAGGUCCUCCUUCAAUCUCAAGCCUUUUUCAUUGUUUUGAAACAGAAGGAAAAUUGUAUGAGUUUAAAAGAUUGCACAGUUCCCAUCUCUGAGCCAGUGAAUGGAUCAGAACAAGUGUGAUCAACCAAGGUCGUAUUCACUAGGAACGAAACGGAAGCAAGCGGACCGAAACUGAGGGACUCCCUGAACUUUGUCCAACAAGAAAAGCUUGUUUUCGCAUUCUGUUGCAAAACAUUUUGCCACGUGUGCACUAAUGAAUACAACCCCCCCCCAAGUCACUCGGCAGUAUGAGGCCUGUCAACACUGACCCAACCAAUCAUCAGUUAAAACCUUUUCCGUUUUUUUCGUCAUUCAUUUGUUCUUAAAGGGAUUUACACUGCUGUUUUUGUUCUUUUUGUAUAUCUAGGCGCAUUUUUAUCAUAUCUAUCGCAACAUAAACUGAGAUUAUUACACAUCGACCGACCUAGCUGCGUCUGUUUUGUGUGUGUACUUGAGUAUAUGUCUGGAACCUAAUCAUUCACGUCUGGGAGUUCAGAUUACCACUGCUCAGAACUACGACUUCAGCUAUAUUCACCAGGACUUACAGGUGCUUCUUGUCAAUUAACAUUAUUAGUUGAUUCCGUUGUUGACCCUCUCGUCCCCAUUAUGGUCCACCAAUUUCUGGAAACAACGACAAAAAAACGCUUCAACUUGAUGUGACAGUUACAUUGUGCAAUAUAUACGCCACAGGCCCUUCUUCCGUCCACACUCAAGUCAAAGCAGGAGCUGGUUUCUUUACAUUUUUCGUUCUUGAUUUGUAUUGUCGUUGUUGAUCAAAGCAAAGAACUACAGAAACGUUACCUUUUCUCAUUUUUGAUUCCCACCAGGCCCCACUCCCUAAGAAACUGUUGCGUUAAGUCUUGCGGAGAGGAGGAGCGAGGACGGUGUUACUAUUAUAACUGUGCGUUCAGAAACGGUCCCUGCAGCCCUGAAACUCCUCAUAUUGAACUGGGGUACAUGAGAAAGCCCUUCCUCUCUGCAUUGCCACACCGAACAGGGUGAAUCCAGAUGGGGGAGUCACUGGAGGGGCACAAUACCAAAUAAGAGGGGUUUCUCCUAAUGCAGUAGAUCUACUACGAGUGUUCCUUGUAUUUGGUACUGUACAAAAAUGUGAGAGAGACUAACCUUUUGUCUAUAUCAAAGGGUUUUAUCAUAGCACUUAUGAAGAAAGCUAAACGCUUCAACUUGCAAACCAAUAAAUCAGACAAAUGGAGCAGCAACAUUGAAAACUGAAAAAAAGAACUUGCUCUUUUUGUACUGUAUCUAUACUUGGAAAUAACUUCUGGUAUUUGUUUGUUCCUCUUUGGUCCAAGGACUUGUAUGAACUUUGAAAUGGUAGCAGGAUGAGAAAAAAGAGAAAAAAAAAUGGAAAUCUACUUUUAUCUGAUUUGUUUUUUUUCUAAAGACAUUUUCUUUUAACUAUAUCAAAGUGAAUAUCACUGUUACUCCAUAAUGUUUAGCCUUUUUCUUGUCUGGAGAUGCUAGACAUGCAAUGUUACCUGUCUCCGGCCAACGGUUGGUCGCAGUGGGGAGGGAGAUGGUCACGGUCCGCUGAGUGCCUCUCUGCUGUGGUGCCCAUGGUGACGGUCGCUAGGCAAGGCUACCCCCCACAGCAGCAUUUCCUCCUGGGCUUGCACCAAGCUCUCUCAUUGGACACCCUCAGCCCAGCAGGAAACCACGCUCCCUCCAAGACUGGCCAAUCAGCACAGAGCUAGCUAGCUAACGACUGCGCCAGCAGCGCUCGACCUAGUCUCAACCAACCCUCUUCAUUUCCCCUAAUCUUCUUUCACACAAAGAUCACUUUAGCUGGAAGUCAAGAGACAGUCAAAUUUCUGGAAUUUUGCCAGUGUUUGAUGCAUUUUAUUUAGUUUUCAUUUGACGACGUGUAUUUUUUGGUUUAUUUUUGUCUACAUGCAGUGGUCUUUUCAAGGUGGCUGCUUGAAACUAGCCCUUUUCACUGUUCAUAUGCAGAAACACUUUGGUCAGAGGUGCCUCUGUAUGUUCAUCCUGUGUAUUGAAUGCAAACGAGGAUCAAUUCUACAGCCAGUCAUUGAUUGUCUAUUAUUAGUUAGUAUCUUAACUGAUUGAUUGAUCAUUGCUUUGUUUUGGACAGUAUGCUGUAGUACUUCCAGGUAGUAUCUCAAGAUGUGUAAGUUAGACCAAUAGGGUGUCUCAGAUGGGUGAGCGUGUCCUGCCUGACCCUAGCUGCUCCACCUGGGUUCUGCCAGGGCUGUCCCCUCGCCCCCUCACACAGCUGCUACGCUACACCCUCCUCCAGUCCCCUCCAAAGCAACCAUGGCCCUCCCCUUGACCAGACAUAAAAAGCGACUCAGUUCUGUUUCUAUGCAAAAGACUAGAGGCUGCGGACCCUUUACAGCCAACGUGCCAAUCCUGCCCUAAAGAUUGAGCACCGACUCGGAGCUCGAACCAACGACCUCCUGAUGUAUGUACCCUUCAGCACUUAGAACAUGUCUGCUCUUGGUCCUUAUAGCUGGGUUUAAACCACAACACUGUCGUAUUCCAAACUUCCACCCUCUAUGGGGAGUUAGUACCACUGGAGUGGAGGUAUAGUAGGCCUCUCUUUACUGUGCUGAAGAAGACUGAUCUCAGCUUGAUCUCAGGGUAGGAGACGACGUUAAAAGAUGCAGCUCUCUCUGUAUGUAUGUCCUUUUGCUGUAGUGUAAGAGAGCCAAGUUCUACACUAACUAAUGGCAAGCUGUGCAGUAGUAGUACUAUAGACUUGUAUUGGCUGGAUAAUUGUUUUUUUGGGAAUGGAAUAGUAAUGAAUUCCCUUCCCAAAUAUGGGCCUACUGUAAUGUUACAAUGUAGAGGCCAAUGUUAUCCUAUGUGCCAAUACCCAAAAAUAUAUAGAUCUAUAAAACUAGCCCAUGUUAUAUGAUCUGGAGAAAGAGCUCUUCUCUCUGGAUGGAGGAUCUUUGAUAACCUUUGUGAUGGAGGAUCUUUGAUAACCUUUGUGAUGGAGGCAGGGGGCAGGAGGGAUUAAACAGAUGGGUGGGGGCAACACACCUCAUCCAGAACUCCUGAGAUAAUAUGGCUGUGUCUCAAAUGGCACCCUGUUCACUAGGUUGUGCAUUAUAUAGGGACACAUAGGGUGCCAUUUAGGCAAUCUAUGCUUUAGUGGGGAAUGCCCCGUUGUUGAGGAUAAAAUCUUUACUGAGUUUGCGGGAUCCAAGUAUGCUACGGUGCACAGUCAGUUUGACGGGUAAUCCCGGGUACAUAUUUUUUUUUAAACCAAAAAUGAAAUUCUUCAAUUUUAAUGUCAUUUUUAAUAUGAAGUUUGACACAAAAUCUUUUUAAAAAAAUAUUUUUUUUAAAGUACAAAAAUCAAUAAAAUAUCUAUAAUAUGUUAACUAAAGCUCUGCACUUCUAGCUGAAAUGUCUCCAGUCCUCUAGCUUCCAGAAUGCAGGUUGGGGGAGCCUUUUUGUGGAUGCUAUAUUUGAUCCUAUUUGUUAGUGUUUCCGCCCAAAGCGGGCCCACAACUGUAUAUUUCCAGAGACCCAGAUGGCUUCGGGCCCACUAUCAGCCCAGGUCGCUCACCUCACUGCGUCUGCGGUGGGCAACGUGAGGGGGCGCAUUUCAAAAAGGUACAAAAAUUCUUAAAAUAAAAAAAAACUAAAAUGGGAUAAGGCUACCUUUUGGGACUCUGAGGUGUCCUGCAGCACACUAGCAAAAAUCACUAUUGCCUGUUUCUGUAACUGCCUUGAUCCAAACUGAGACCAAUUAGCCGGGUGGGGGCCUCCAAACGUCCGAUCUGUGUGUGGUGCUGCACCAGCAUUGAGGGGCACGCCGUGCACUCUCUACAGCUUAACUAUAGAUAGAUUGUGUGUGUGUGUGUGUGUGUAUAUACACAUAUGGAUAUGUACGUAUGGUGUGUGGUAGGUAGCACAUCAACAGACACCUUGGAUCUCAACCUCCUAAAACCUUUUGUUCCUUUUAAAAGGUCUGGGUUCAAUACAAACUGAAAAUGAGCAAUAUUUAUUCCCCUCCGGAAAUAAGUGAUCUGAAGGAAAUUAAAUGGGGUUAGGGGUUAAACUGGUACUUAAUGGAUCAUGAGUAAUGUCUUUCCUACCUGGAGUUGGAUAUGCACGUUCUGGAUUUAUGAACAUUUUACAGUAAGUACCUUGAAGUACUUGUACUGUAUGUGAAUUUGUCUAAACAACCCAACCUGAAAUCACCUGUUUUUUAAAUGUAUACUUUCCCAGCAGAGAGAAAUAUCAUUAAACAUAUCAACACAAAAAUACACAAAUACUUGAAUCAAGGAGCGCCAAUAACGUAAUGUGAAGUCUUUUGUAUAAAAAAAAAAGAAAAGUAAAAAAAAAAGAGAAAUUAAAGUCUGACUUGUACACUUCCAAGCUUUUUUAGGUCAUCAGUUUAAAAAAAAUAUAUAAAAAAUGAUUUAAAAAAUAUUGGACAAAAAAAAUGUGCAAAAAUAAUUUUGUGUGCUUGAAAGUCAAAUGUAUGUGUGCAAACGACUGUGUGCUUGGCAGGCUUAGGACUGCUGUCAUGUUCCAUUCAGUAUGUUGUGUAUUAACAUUGUUGUCUGUCAUUUUGUUCAGUUUAUUUUUUUGCUUGUCAACUAUAUUUUGAUAACAAUGUCUAUCUUCUAACAUGGCACUGAGUGUCUUCUACCCCUCACUCAGCUAAUCGUAGACAAACGAGACUAAGUACUGAGGGGAGAGGGUGAUAAUUCAUGUGUAAAUGUUUACUCAAGGACUUAAUGGGGGAAAAAAAGGUUUUGUUUUAUCUGUAAAAUGUUUAUCUACCUUAUAGUGGCUUUUUAUUGUGGAAUAAUCCAAAACAAGGAUUAUCAUUGAGUAUUGCACCAUUUUGUUCUGAUUACAUACAAAUGUAAUGAAAAAAUGACUACAAAAAAUGAACAAUCUAAGAUUUGUGGCCAUAGAUGGUAGGACUAGUAAUCCCCAUGUUAACUUCAUGGAGAAAUGGAAAGGGAUAAUGUGGGGAUGUGAGUUUGUUACAGGACUCAUUUCAGAGGUGCCUAUUUCUUUUUUUUUCUUUUUUUUGCAAAGCCACCUGUCGUUUACAAACAUUUCAUUUGUCUGAAGUUGAGGAAAAAUUGAUUUUAUAAUGAAAAUGUUGAAAAAGACAAAUUCCAUCUUCCAUCAAAUGAAUAUGAACAUUAAACCAACUUUGCAAAAUUAAGAUUUAUGCUACUUUCAGAACUCUGGGAUUGAUCAGUGUUGUCGUAUUUUUUUUCUAUAUCGACAGACGUAUGUAUUGAUUCAUUUGAAUUUUGUCUUGUAAAAAGGCAACGCAAUCUGCUUACUAUCUUGCACACUCGUAAAGAUGUGGAUCUUGUCUCGGGAAGGCCAGGAUUUCCAGAGUUCGAACUCCACCAUUUUUAUUUAAAUUUGAGUUUUAAAUUAGAAUAACUUUGAGAAAUCUAACUCCAAGCACUGAAAGUUAGGGAUUUAAAUAGAAUAUGAAAUACCAUUGAUUCUAAAAAUCCGUAGCGGUUACAUAUUUACCAAAUAAAUGACUGAAAAUGAACUUUUUGAGAGAGAAAAAGUGGAGUGCUUUACAUGUAAAAUCGAUGUAGAAAUUGCUUUACAUUGAAACAAAUUAUGGUUUUAGUUUUACUUAUGUAUUUUCUUUGCGGUUCCAUCCUGUAAUGUUCAGGAGCAUUGUGCAUUACUCUCAUGUCUCUGUUCCUGUGGCAGGUAUUCAAUGAGUUAAUAGAUGGGUUUCAGGAGAACGAUUGGAAGUGGGGGGGGGGGGGAAACUGGUUUUUAAAGGCUCAUGAUCUAUGCACAAGUGGGAGGGAGAGUCCAGGCCUGCUUUUCUCUUGGGGCCCGGGACUGGUACUCUGGGGUUCAGGGUUUGAUGUAGGGGUGUGUCAUUGUUGUGCUAUGUUAGAUUUUCUUCCCCCUCAUCAGAUUUAUGGCAACUUUAUUGCUUCACCAUGCUGUGUAAUCCUUAACCAAUGAGCGCUUAUCCUUCUGCUAAAGCACUGUGGGUUAUACUGAGAAAAAGCCCAUGAUUUAAGGCAAUCCAGUUUUUGUAAAGGGGAGGAGGUGGUAAUCUGCCUAUCGCCUUUUUUAUUUCAAAAAAAUGUUAAGGAGAAGUGUCUGUGCUGAGAAAGUUCUGGCUUUUAAUGCUUGUUUUUUUUCUCCUCAUAGAAUGUAAUUGUUAAUGAUAUGCACCGGAAAAAAACAUGUUUCCAUAAGUUAUGGCGCUUCUUUCGGACUAUAUUAAUAAAUUGACAUUUUUCUUGGC